GAUAACUCUAUUGUAAACAAUCGCACCUAGCGAGUUGCCUCAAGAGGGUAAAGUACUAGCCCUCAAAGGUUGUGAUUCAGAGCCAUGUCACCUCCUGCACCAGUUGAGAUCAGACCUGGGGUUCCAGAUUACAGUACUGUACAUGAACCUCUGGGAGAAUUGUUUGAACCUAUUACAAAUCCAGAGGGAUGGAAAAAGCACCUGCUACCAGGGGACAAGGUAGACCAGUUCUGGAGAGAUGGAUUUCUACUUAAUGUCCCCCUGCUGUCUCCAGAGCAGUGUGACAGGAUACUAGAGGACUACAAGAUCUUCACCGGUGAAACAACACAUCCUGGCAUGGACAUGAUGUAUGAAUACCAUAGUAACCAGAGUGGUGACCCCAAUAAUGUCCUGAUUCAUGCGUUAGGACACUGGAGACUGACCAAGCUGUUCCAUGACCUUGCCUUCCUCCCUCAAGCUGUGGUUCCUACUUCACAAUUACUUGUGAAGGACAAAACACUACCUGUGAGGUUUUGGCAUGAUCAGUUGUUUGCCAAGCCUGCUCAACAUGGUGGCUGUGUGGCAUGGCAUCAGGAUUACUCCUAUUGGACUAGGACACAGCCAAUGCAGCAUCUUACUAUACACAUUGCCCUGGAAGAUCAAACCAAAGAAAAUGGCACAUUGUACUACAUACCAGGCUCACACAGAUGGACAAGAGAUGGAAAUCCUUUACCAGUCACUGAUUUCGAUUUUAAAGACAUGGAAUCCAUUAUGACUGUGUUAACAGAGGAAGAAAAAAAAGAAUUCCAGCCCAUACCAUCCAUGCUAAAGAAAGGAGAAGCCAGUUUCCAUCAUGCGAUGGCUGUUCAUGGUUCCUAUGGUAACAGGUCAGAUGGUCCAAGAAGAGCCAGUGUCCUGAACUACUUUGCUGAUGGCACAAUAUCUAACACAGACGAUGAACUUCUCAAAGGCAUCACAAUUCCUACGGGUAGAAAAAUGGAAGGACAAUUUUUUCCACUUGUGUUUGAUCCAAAGUGGAUGGAAUGAUUCCAAUAAGUGAGCUAACAAAGGAAGAAACUGACAAUUUAUAGCUUUGACUGUAGACAUUUGAUUACUGUAAAUUAAGAAAUUUCAAAUAUGUAAAGAAAACAAUCUUGUUGGAAAAAAAAUAAGAAAAUAAUUAAGGCAUGUACACAGAAAUGCAGGAUUCCUCUAGGAAUCAUAUUGUCCAUCCUGUCAAUCACUCUUUUGGUUUGAUAUUACAUGUAUUUCAAUAUACCCGGUGGUGUUUCGAUUCUUGCAUGGAGGUACUUUACUAUAGGAAUAAAACAAGUAGAGAGUGUAGUGUCAUAUCACUUUGUCUGUGUUUGAAUAAUAAUUAGCUCAAAGCAUUUUCAGUAUAAUAUUCUCAUGUUUAACACAGAACUUUAUUAUCAGAGAAAAGCUAAAAUAAAUAAAUUUAAGGGUUGAUAGAAUGUAUAGAUGUUCAUCUUUUGUUUACUUUGUGAAAAAAAAAAUCUUUUAAUUUUUUACAUACACUUUUAUAUCUUCUUUCUGUGCAGUAUAUGGCUUUGUACUUUGGAUACCCAAAACAUGUAUAUCUUAUUGAUAUAACAUCUUUAAAAUCAAGAAGCAAUGAAACAAUGAAAACUAGUAUUAUUAUAUUAUAUUAAUAUUAUAGCUGGUUAUGAAGUUAUAUGUUACCCCAAGUAUGAGAGCCUGAGAGAUGUUCAAUCAAAAUGUUCUCUAAUACAUGUAUUUUAUUGCUGGCUUUUUGUUUUGUUUUUCUGUUUUAUACAGAAUAUCUUUAUAAGUUACUUAUGAUUUCAUAUUGAUUAUGAACAAAAUAAAACUUAUAAAUAUGCCCAAGCCUU